AUGUCGAAAAAUAAAAAAUUGUCGCUAUCGGGCGACUCGACAGAGAAAUUUAUCUACAAGCCUAAAGAUUUAAUAUGGGCCAAAAUGAAGGGCUUCACACCAUGGCCGGGAAUGAUCGUGGAGCCACCUCUAGAUCUGCUCAGCCAGCAGCGACGCGCCAAUACGAAAUGUGUCUUCUUCUUUGGGUCGCGCAACUUCGCCUGGAUUGAAGAGCACAAUAUAAAGCCGUUUGAAGGUCCCUGGAAGGAAGAGCUGGCAAAAGUUAGUAAGCCGGCCGCCUUUAGGCACGCCAUGGCCGAUAUUGACAAAUAUGUGGAAAGUCCUGCAGAAAUAGAUGGCCAAAUCGAUGAGAGCUGUGGCAUGGCCAAUCAUGCCACCGAGGCAGACUUCGACAAGAUACGCGAUGGCUUGGAUAGCGACGAGAAUGCUGAAGCGGCAGCCGAUGGCAACAAUGGCGUUGUUCCCCAUGUCGUUGGCAGUCCCGAUGAGUCAGAUGCGGUGCACACUUGUCCCGCUCAUAACAGUGUAAAUGUUGCAACUUCCCCAAUUGUGACAACUACGCCAACUGUCAAGAGUCAAGCGAAACGUACACCCAAAGCCAAGUCCAGCGCCGCUGUCGUCGUCAGCAGCAAACAGGCGAGCAAAGCGGCCUCUGCAAAAUCAGCAGCAGCACAAAAGCGACGUAUCUCGGCACAACACACGCCCACCGGUGCAGGCAGCGCUAAGCGUGGCCGGCGCGCUGCAUCCGGCGAGCUGGACCAUUAUGAGAGUCCAGGUGCCGAUUACGAUGUCGGCAGCUCGUCAUCGCUGGCAGCAAGAGCGCGUAUUGACACAGAUGCCUUUUUGGGCACGUUAACAAAGCGCACGCCCAACGCAAUUGCGCUGCUGGAUCGACCGGUUGUCACGCGGCCAGAGACACAAGCCAUAGACAUGAAUUCGCGCUCCAAUACAUUGGCAGAUCGUGACAUAGUGCCGUCGGAGCAGACAUUUGGUUUUCUUGGUCUGGGCAUGAUGGGAUCGACUAUUGUCAAGGACUUGAUUUUCACGAAACACAAGGUUGUGGUCUGGAACCGCACCAUUGAUAAGUGUCAACCCUUUGUGGAUGCUGGCGCUGAGGUUAAGGACACGCCCAUGGAUGUCGUGGAGGCGGCGGACAUAAUAUUUUGCUGUGUGUCAGAUCCCAAAGGUGCCAAAGAUCUCGUCUUCGGCAAUUGUGGUGUCCUGCAGCUAAAGGAUUUGCGGAACAAGGCGUACGUGGAAAUGUCGACCAUCGAUCCGGACACGUCAAUGGAUAUUGGAGAGGGCAUCAAGCAAUGUAAUGGCCGAUAUUUGGAGGCACAAAUUCACGGCUCGCGACAAGAGGCCGCCGAUGGCAUGCUUAUCAUAUUGGCCGGCGGUGAUCGCACAGUCUUUGAGGAGUGCCAUUCCUGCUUCAAGACUAUAGCCAAGAACACCUUCUUCUUGGGCACAGAUGUUGGCAACGCAUGUAAAGUGAACCUCAUUUUGCAAACCAUUCUGGGCGUCAGUCUUGUUGGCCUGGCAGAGGCGUUAGCUUUGGCUGAUCGAUUUUCUAUUUCGUUGAACGAUAUCAUAGACAUAUUCGACUUAACUUCUAUGAAAUCGCCGCUGCUCCUAGCAAAGGGCAAGGAAAUGGCCAAGGGCGACUUUAAUCCGCAGCAACCGUUAAGUCAUAUGCAGCGCGACUUGCGUCUUGUGCUCAACAUGGCUGAGAAUUUGGAUCAGUCGAUGCCUGUGACGAGCAUUACGAAUGAGGUGUUUAAGCAUACAAAACGCUUGGGGUACAGCGAGCACGAUUCGAGUGCUGUAUUCGUAAGAUCCAGAUUUUAACAUUUAGUUAACACGACUACCAUUUAAACUAUACUUUAUCAUUUAGUUUAAACCGUACACACAAGCAAACGAAACGUAACAUACAUAUAAACUGACACACAGCAACACACACACACACACACACACACACACACACACACACACACACACAUACAAACAUACACAACAUACAAACAAACAUACAUUUGGAGUCGUGUUGACAGCAGUAACCACACACAUGUUGACAACUGGUUGCAUCAAUUUGUUGUUGUAUAAAAUCGAAGAAAAUAAUUGAUGCAUGCAUUUGCGUUACAUUUGUGUUGUUAUUGUUAUUGCAACACGAGUUCUAAUCCAUUCAUAUCUCUACCCCAACUGCCUCUUUGCUCCACCCCAAACGCAUUCGCACACAAAACUAGAGUAACUUCUAUCCAGAUCAAAGUCUAAAGCAAGAAACCAAGCCAAUUAACAUUCUGGCGAACGUCUCAACCAGACCGGGUCUCUUGCCACGUUUGGAAAUGCCGCCGCCAAGCUUGAGGCGCGAACGCUGGGCCAGCGUUUGAGCUCAGAUAUACGAGAGAUAAGAGAGAAAGUGAGAAAGAGAGUGCGAGUGAGAAGAGAAGAUGAUAAAUAUGAAGAGAAUUGAUGAGUAUUGAUGAGAGACCCAUGUGAGAGACGAGAUCAAAGGGGCGCGCAUAUACACAUAUACAUAGCCAGUUGACGAAGCAGUUGUGUGUUAGCGGACCGCUUUCAUACCUCCUUGUGCGUUAUAAUUUAAUAGUUCUGAUGUUUUUAACAUUUAUUAUAAUUAUUAUUGUUUUGAUUUAUUUUGGGCCUAAUGUCAGCCGUCGCCGUUGUUCGAGCAAUACGCAUGAAUUCCUCCCCAGCACCCUCGAAGGCCGCAGAAAUUAUGGCCGCAUGGCAUAUGUCUGUGUCAAAGGCUGCAUAUUAUUGAGAUCUAAGUCGAGCGGCUGCUUCUCUUUUGGUGUUAUGCUAAAGUUGCUGCCCAAGUAAAAAUCAUUUAUAUUAAUAUACAAAUACGCAUGUAUUUGUGAUUGUUGGAGAGCAUGCGAUUAAAUUGUACAAAAAGUCUAUAUUUUGAAACAAAAGCAACAGUAUAAACAAAUUUAAAAACUUUCGACAAAAAUAAAAUGAAUGCAAAUUAAUAAGCCCUUGUUUGUACGCGGCGCUGGCUACACAUUCAAUUUAAUUUAAACGAAAACAAAACUUGCAUUAUAGAUAGUUUACUUUUAUCGCACAUAAAUCUAGAAACCCACAUUGCCCAAUGCAAUAUCAACUACCCUUUCGUAGUUUUCUUUGUUCAUAAUCAUAAAAAAAAAAAAAAAAAA